AUGAGUGAAGUAGAAGAAUCGCUUGAUGUACGACUCACGCGAGAGGUGACAUCUUUGUCAACCAAUUUAGUCACCGCUGAGGCUAAACUGCUUGAAAUGGAGGAAAAAGUAUUACAAUUACGUAAAGAGAAUCAAUUAUUGAAAACAAACAUAAAGGAACAUGAAUUGAUUCUGAAGAAAUAUGCACUUUUAGUUCCUGAACAUGCGAAGUUGAAACAAGAUUUUAUUAAAAAUGAUCUGCUGAGAAAGGAAGCAGAAGAUAAGAUUGCCGAACUUCAAGGAGAAGUGGAAGAUCUAACUGCUUCACUUUUCGAUGAAGCAAAUAAAAUGGUUAGUAAUGCUUCAAGAGAAACAUAUAAUUUCAAAAUUAAAAAUGGUAAACUUCAAGAAGAAAUUCAAGAAAAGAAUACAAUCAUUGAAAAUUUACAAGAUCAAUUGAAAGAUUUAAAGCAACUUUUCUUUCAAAUUGAAGAUGAACAAAAAUUAACAUCUACUGGUACUCCCAAAUAUGAGAAACAACAGUUGGAUUUUAAUGUUUCUUCAUCUUCGUCUACCGCUGCUGGGGGUAAGUCCACAACUUCCACUGUUGCAAAGGAUGAAGAACAACAUCAACAAGAGGGUAAAAAUCUAUUGUAUCAACAACAACUUGAUGCACUCAUUUAUUCCCCCACGAUUAGAUCUAUUAGAUUUGAUCUUAUUGAAUAUCAUCAAGAUUUCAAACCAUUUAUUUAUGCCAUCAUCAAACCUAAUUAUACCCUUGAUUUAACCUCUUUGAAAACUUUAAAGUAUUUCCGAAAAAUUUGGCUGGAAGAAUUGGAAAAUAGUAUUCCAAUUAUACCAAUUCAUUCUAAUUUCAUGAGUAGAUGGCUGAAAGGUAAGAGUUUCUGGAAUUUAAUUGUCGAUGGGAAAGCUGUCAUUGAACCAAUUAGUGGAGUAAAUGAAACAUACAAAUUGACGUACAAGGGGAAGAACAGUGUUGGUGGGGUAUCUACUUCGGACACUACCAAGAAAGAAGAACAUCCCCCCAUUGCCACAAAGGAACCAUGUAGUUUCUGUGGUGAAAAUAAAGAUGAUAUAUUAGAACAUGCUAGAUUAUAUUCAUUAAGAUUAUUAAAUCCUGAUUAUAAUCCAAAUCUUGCAUCUUCCAAUACUGGAGGUUCAUCUAAUUCUUCAAAUUCCACUGCUACAGACCAAGAAGAAUAUCUUGCCAGUUAUCCAUUAUGUAACUAUUGUCUUAUUAAGUUGAGGAAUAUCUGUGAUUUCUUUGCUAAAAUCAGACUUAUUCAUAGUAAUGUAUUCAAAUUAAAACAAAAAUCCAUCAUUGUUGGGGGUGAUUCCAAUAAUUCAUCUCCAGUUAUGAGUCUGAAUAAUCGAUUUAAUCGAUUAUCUGGGAUUUUCAAUGAAUCUGCCGCUACCAAUCAAGAUACUACGAAAAAUAAUGAACAAUCAAGACUUCCGCCAACUUCUAUCAAUGAAUUUGAAGAAGAAGCUAAAUUAAUGAAAUUAUACAUGAUGUUGGUUCUGAUUAGAGCCAAGAUAUUCUGGAGUAAAAUCGGAUAUUGGGAUAAUCCUAACAAUGUACAUGAAACUAAUCUAGAUGAAGUGAAUUAUGAAGCAUUCAAAGAGUUGAUAGGACAUGUAGAAAGUCAUUCACAUGAUGUCAAAGAUCUACAAGAAGUUAAAGAGGAGGCGUUAGCAAUAAAGAGUGAAGGCGAUGACAAAAUUAAAUCCAAUGUGAAAGAACUGGUACAUUCUGAAGAAGAUGAAGUAUUUGCUGAUACUACGGAAGAAUUUGAAGAGAAUUCUUUAGCAAAAGAUGGAAAUGAUGCCCCAAUCAGAAGGAAAUCACUGUCUAAACAAUUCAAGAAAAAAAUGGAUACUGAACUCGAUCAAACCCUUGCCAUGCUUCAAGAAAGCCUCGAACCAGAAAGUAAGUAA